GCCCGCGCGCUCCCCCUCCCGCUCCGCCGCGGGCUCGCAGGCAGUCCGCGCGCGGGCCGGGCCGGCGCCCCUCAGCCUCCCACGCCCGCGUCGCCCCGGGUCCCGGGGGAUGCCCCCGGCCGUGUGCCCCUCAUGGCCGCCGACGUCUUCAUGUGCUCCUCGCGCAGACCCCGCAGCCCGGGCCGCCCGGUGCUGCUCAAGCCCCAGGUGCCCGAGGACGACGACGACUCGGACACGGAUGAGCCGUCCCCACCGCCCGCCUCCGGCGCGGCCAUCCCGGCCCGGGCCCACGCGAGCGCCGCGCCGCAGCCACCCCGGGCCGGGCCGGGCCGCGAGGAGCCUCCGCGCCGCCAGCAGAUCAUCCACAGCGGCCACUUCAUGGUGUCGUCGCCGCACCGCGAGCACCCGCCCAAGAAGGGCUACGAUUUUGACACGGUCAACAAGCAGACGUGCCAGACCUACAGCUUCGGCAAGACCAGCUCCUGCCACCUGUCCAUCGACGCCUCGCUCACCAAGCUCUUCGAGUGCAUGACCCUGGCCUACAGUGGGAAGUUGGUAUCUCCAAAGUGGAAGAAUUUCAAGGGCCUGAAGCUCCAGUGGAGAGAUAAGAUCCGGCUCAAUAACGCCAUCUGGCGGGCGUGGUACAUGCAGUAUUUGGAGAAGCGCAAGAAUCCUGUGUGCCACUUUGUCACUCCACUAGAUGGCUCUGUUGAAGUGGAUGAGCAUCGCCGACCAGAGGCCAUCACCACAGAAGGGAAGUACUGGAAAAGCCGCAUUGAGAUUGUGAUCAGGGAGUAUCACAAGUGGAGGACCUACUUCAAGAAAAGGCUACAGCAGCACAAGGAUGAGGACCUUUCCAGCCUGGCCCAGGAUGAUGACAUGCUUUAUUGGCACAAACGUGGGGAUGGAUGGAAGACCCCAGUCCCCAUGGAGGAGGACCCACUGCUGGACACAGACAUGCUCAUGUCAGAAUUCAGCGACACCCUCUUCUCCACACUUUCUUCACACCAGCCGGUGGCCUGGCCCAACCCACGGGAAAUCGCACAUCUGGGAAAUGCAGACAUGAUCCAGCCGGGGCUGAUUCCUUUGCAGCCCAACCUGGACUUCAUGGAUACUUUUGAACCUUUUCAGGACCUCUUCUCUUCCAGCCGCUCCAUUUUUGGCUCCAUGAUGCCUCCACCUGCCUCAGCCCCUACACCAGAUCCCAACAGCCCACCUGCUCAGGGGAGCAUCCUGCCAGCCUCUGCUCUCCCCACCGUGAGCCUUCCUGACAGCCUCAUUGCACCCCCUGCAGCUCCCUCCCUGGACCCUGUGGAUGGGCAGGACUGCAAACAUGCACCGCCGACUGGGGACCCCUUUAUCCAACCCACAGACUUUGGUCCCUCUGAGCCACCACUGAGUGUCCCGCAGCCCUUCCUGCCCGUCUUCCCCAUGCCCCUGCUCUCUCCCAGUCCUGCCCUGGCACCUGUCUCACCUGCAUUGGUCCCUCCUCCUGCAACUUCCUUGAACCCCCCAGCCCCACCUGCCUUCCUGCAGCCACAGAAGUUUGCUGGAGUCACCAAAUCGUCCUCUGUCAUCACCCACACAGCCUCCGCCACUCUUACUCAUGAUGCCUCUGCCACCACCUUCAGCCAGAGCCAGGGCCUUGUGAUCACAGCCCAUCACCCCGUCCCAUCCGUGCCCCCCUGUGGCUUGGCCAUGUCUCCUGUCACUCAGCCACCAGCUGUUGGGCCUCCCCAACCUCAUUUAACUUUUGUGCACCCCAAACCUGUAUCCUUGACUGGGGGGAGGCCCAAGCAGCCCCCCAAAAUAGUGCCUGCUCCAAAACCAGAACCUGUGUCCUUGGUGUUGAAGAAUGCCUGCAUUGCCCCUGCUGCCUUUCCCGGCCAGCCACAGGCAGUGAUUAUGACAUCAGGCCCUUUGAAGAGAGAAGGGAUGUUGGCCUCCACCGUGUCCCAGUCCAACGUGGUCAUCGCACCUGCUGCCAUUAGGGCUCCUGGAGUCACAGAGUUCCACAGUGGUAUCCUGGUGACAGACCUUGGCCACGGCACGAGCAGCCAGCCCUCCCCGGUCUCCCGGCUCUUCUCUCCAAGUGCAAUGCAAGACUCCCUGGUGAAGAGUGAGCAGGUCCCACUACAUGGGGGCAGUCCCCAGGCCCCUGCCACAGGGUCCAGUCGAGACUGCCCGAACUCAGGGCAGGCCUCUCCGUGUGCGUCAGAACAAAGCCCCAGUCCUCAGUCUCCCCAGAACAACUCAGGGAAAUCUGCAGACCCCAAAACUGUGGCUGCAUUAAAGAACCGACAGAUGAAGCACAUUUCAGCCGAACAGAAAAGGCGCUUCAACAUCAAAAUGGGCUUUGACACUCUGAACAGUUUGAUCUGCAAUAAUUCCAAGCUGACCAGCCACGCCAUCACGCUGCAGAAGACAGUGGAGUACAUCACCAAGCUGCAGCAGGAGCGGGGCCAGAUGCAGGAGGAGGCCCGGCGGCUGCGUGAGGAGAUUGAGGAGCUCAACGCCACCAUCCUCUCCUGUCAGCAGCUGCUCCCUGCCACAGGAGUCCCUGUCACCCGGCGCCAGUUUGAUCACAUGAGAGACAUGUUUGACGAAUACGUGAAAAACAGGACCCUGCAGAAUUGGAAGUUCUGGAUUUUCAGCAUCAUCAUCAAGCCACUAUUUGAGUCGUUCAAGGGGAUGGUGUCCACCAGCAGCCUGGAGGAGCUGCACCGGACAGCACUGUCCUGGCUGGACCAGCACUGCUCCCUGCCCAUCCUCAGGCCAAUGGUGCUGAACACCCUCCGGCAGCUGAGCACUACCACCUCCAUUCUGACAGACCCAUCCCAGCUGCCAGAGCAGGCGUCAGCGGCUGUCACCAGAAUUGGCAAGAGACUGGGGGAGUCUUAGCUGCUUAGCUGGAAUAUGGCUGCAUGAGAUGCCAUGGAGCCCUUGCCUGUGGAGAGGAGGCUGCAUCCCAGCCCUUCCUGAUGCCCAGCCUCGGGGCCUCCCUCCACUCUGCUGGCCCUUGGCUGGUCGGGAUGCCACACUCAGGUCUGAAGCAGGUUUGGGGCCUGCCGACAGCAAUAGCCCAUCUUUGGGAACCCCUUGCUGUGAACUCUCUGACUCAGCGACCUCAGUCACCACCUCCCCUGCCCAGCCCAGACAAAAGGAAAGGCUGGCCAUUGGAGUCCUGUCCUGCUGGUGGCCUGUGUUCCUAGGCGCCAGUGUGUGGAGUGGAUUGGACAAAGGAGAUAAAGCUGCUCCUGCUGUUAGGAAGCCUCAAGGGUCCCUAUGCAGUUCCUGUCCUGAGAUGCACAGACUUGUCCCUGCUGUCACAUCCCUGUCCACUUGUGCUCCUCUGGCUGACCCCACGCUGCUUACUGUUCUGCCCCUGGGGCAGGUGAAGGCAUCUUCUUUCUCCUCCAACUCUGACAGUGCCUGGCCCUUGUAGAUGGAUCUGGACUUCUGUUCAGGUUUACACACGGUGGGCUGCUGGGGGAAGUGCCUUCCUCAGAGACCCCCAGAACACACGUGUACAAAAAACAGUGGGUGUGGACACACAUGGGACGAGAACGGGAGCACAGACCACACACACUGUUCAGCUUGGAAGCCCUCCUGGACAGUGGGUCCUCUGUCAUGUUUUAGUUCCACCUGGCAUCGCAGCAUCCACAGUGAAACUGAUCAAGACUCCCAUGGUAGGGACUCAGCAUCACCUCCCAGCCAUGGCCUUUUUGCCCUUGAGGCAGGUGUGGCCAGGGGGAGCAUGUGGCCCUCCAGUCCCAGCAGUCAAAAGGUCAGACUCUGCAUCGCUGCCAACAGCCUCAUUUCUUCUGAUGCUCAGCAGGGAGCCCAGCCCAGGACAGUUCUCAGACCAAAGAUGUCACCAUGCUCAAAGUCUGUUCCCUCUUGUGUUUGGAGAAAGAGACUGAAUGUGGACAGAACAGGCCCACCCUCAGCACCAUCGCUCAGAUCAGACUAAGAUCUGUCCUCGGCCCUGGUGUGGCAGAGGUGGAGCUGGCGGGCAGAGGGCCAUCACCAGUGCACAUGUUUCAGUUGGAAGGGACUGCAGAAGGGGCAGCAGGAGGGCGGCCCAGCUCAGUGCUUGCCCUUCUCUCUGGCUACCUCUGCAAGUAGCUGCAGGCAGCAGGGGGCUCUCCCUCACACUCAGGAAGCCCUGCCAAGGGCACCUCCUCACGGACAUGCUGCUGUGAGGUUCAGGCCACAGCAGGCUUUCCAUUCAACCUCUGUACCCCCAGCACACAGCAUCCUGGGGAGGGCUUUGAGAGAGCCCGGGAGCCACAGGAAAGGGGGAAUCGUGGGCUGCCUCUGAAAUCGGGCCCCAUUUGGAGGCUCCCGCUGGUUCUUGGAGGCCUGCAGAACUGGUUCUUAGAGUGGCAGCCAGCUCUGCCUCAGGGGAUGGAAGAUGAGGGUCCUCUCCCUGCCACUGGCUGCGCCACCAUCUCUGCUGCAGGUCACUGACCAGCCGCCUGAUCCCUCGUCUGUGCUUCAGCCCCACACAAGAGCAGCUUGGUGGUAACCCCCACGCCGCGCCCCCACUCCCCCAAAAAAGUGUUUACAGGCUUUCCAGGUCACCUUCCUGAGGGGUGAGCACAAGACAAGGCUAGGCCAGUUCUUGGGGUUUCCACUGGGAAAUGGUGUCAGAAUUCAUCCUUUAACCCCAGGAUAAAUGUGAAGUCACUCUUCCAACGGUGAAAGCCACCAUGGUAAAAAUUUUACUAAGGAAGGUCAGAAUGGAAAAGAAAGAAACCAAACGUUGCAGGCUGAGAGGACCUUGUGGAGGCCAUGAGCUCAGCCCUUUCCCAAUUCCUGUGCCUUUGUCAACUACGCAGAGGAGUGCGUGGUUGGGAGCCCAGCACUCUCCUGAGUCAGUAGUUUCCUCCCCACCCUUGCAGGGGAGUCAUUGUUUUUUAACUCCAUGGGAUAUAAAAUUGGCCUUUUGCUUUUUUGGCCUACCUCUCCCUUUUGCUGAAUUAACAUUCAUGAUUCUGUUUUGUCAAAUAUUUAAGGCUGUUAGGUCGUGUGAGACUUGAAGGGUAUGUGUGCGUGUGCAUGCGUGCAAACAUGCACGUGCGUCCUGGCAGACAGCUCCAUGCAUGUUUUUGUUUUUGAGACAUUUACUUAAAUUCACUUCUCUUGGUGCUCAUGAUUGACUGGCUCUAAGGCCACUAUGCUGUAUCUCUGCUAUAGACAUGGUUGUUUCUUGUCCUGGAAGUUUUCUUCCUCUGGAGUCUUGCCUGAUGAAUCUGGCCAGGCAGAGGGGCCUAGCCUUGCCCUCUGCCCCGGGCUCCCAGCCAGGGGCAGGGACAGUCGAGGCCACUCUGCAGCGGCCUCCAGUGGGAGCUGACCCACAGCUGGGGCUGGUUUGUACUCAUUUUCACUCCCACUCCUGUUCUUAUUCCCAUGAAAGAAACUUUAAACUGCUGACACUGUGGAGAAUAAGAAAAUCAAUCUGAAAGGAAGAAACACAAAGGCGGCUGGCAUGUGAUCUCUGAAUCUGUGUUCGUGACAUCUUACAGCACCAUCACUCCUGCACACUGCUGCUUGUUCUUCCACGAGUGGGAACCACAAGGCCAGGGCAGGUGCCGCCCAGGGGCUUUCUGAGAGUUGAUGACCGGUGGCAUGCCAGUUGCCACCCCCUCAGAAGGGCCCCAGCCAAGGAAAGCAGUCCCAGCCUCAAAAGUUCCUGUGGACAGCAGUACUGGGUCUUGGCAAGGAGAAGGGACUGGAGGGCAGCAGAAUGCCCACUGCUGGCAGGAUGAGGGGUCAGAGGGCAACUAGACGGUGCUCUUGUGGCCCAACUUCCAUUUCCUGACCUUGGGAACUGGCUCCACCCCCCUUUCCAGAGGUCAGUCCUGAAGGUUUCUCUGCUUUGGCUAAGAGAGACAUAAAGUUGAUUCUUGAAGGACACAGCACCCAGGGCUCCAGGGUGAUGCCAAGCUUCCUAGGCCCUCCUCAGGUGAAGGAGAGCUGUGGUACCCCGUCCCAUCAUCGCCCCAUCUCCAGGUGCCUUCCUGGCUGGCUCCACCGUAGCAACCAGGGCUCAGGUAAGGAUCUCCUGGGGAGGUGGGAAGGUGCAGCGUGGGGACUAGAGAGGCCCUGGCUGUCUAUUCACCUAGAUGAAUCCUAAGGGGCAGGUUUGUUACUGUUGAAGUCUCAGAAGAGCUCAUCAGAGUGGCUGGGACUGCUGGUGGCCAAGGGACCCACUCAGUGUGUAGGGGGUGCUGUGGGCACUGCCCUAUGCUGCCUUACCUUGGAUUGCUCAGUUCUUUUCUCUUGCUGGCUUGAACACGGGCAGGCUUGGAAUGUCCCCUCUCAUCACCCCUCCCCACUUUUAGAAGUCCCUCUCCCUUCCUGUUGUCACCUGGCUCCUUGAUGGUCUUUGUCCCAUCCGCCUGAGGCCCAGGUGUAAGUUGGGCCUCUCUUCUUUCUGGUGGGAAAAGUAGCCUUUCCCUAGACACCCUGUUUCCCAGCAAGCUGUCAGUCACAGACGAAACCUGCCACUACUUUGUGGAGCUUGGUUUGCAGAGUAUUCGUGGCCUCGUGGGGAAGAGGUUUGGGAGAGUGCUGAUUGGGGCAGGUGGUGUGUGCAGCUUGGAAGCUGGCUGGGAUGUCGUGCGGCAGAGGCAUGUGGGUUUAGGCCCAGUCCCCUUGAUGCCUCAUAGCGUUAAAGAGGAUUUUUACGACAUCUGGACACAUAAGGGAAGAGGGACAAUGAGGUUGGAGGGUGAAGACUGUGAAGCUCAGUAGCAUGUUUGCAGGUUUGAAGCUCAGUAGUGUGUUUGCAAUGGUUUGUACCAUUCAGUAGACACCUUGGCUUUGGGCAGGUUCUUAUGAUCUGAGGCACACUCUCAAGACAUACGGGAAGCUUGGCAGAGGCUCCAGGACUGUUGAAGAAGUGCUAGGACCCUCCUACCCCCUCUGCCUCCACCAGGGCUGGCCUCGGUGGAUGAGGACAGGUCAGCCAGUGGCUGUUCAUCCUGAGGGCCUGGCCAUCCCGGCCUACCACGCACGGGACUGUCUGCUUGUCAGGGCUCACGAAAAUCAACCUUUGAGAAAGAAAAGGGAACUUUUCACAUUGAAUGUUGACUUGUGUGUGUGUGUGUGUGUGUGUGCACUCGCACAAGUCUCUGUGUGUGUGUUUACUUCUUGGAAUUUUAUUUUUAUGAAAUUCCUCUCCAAUUAUGUAGCAAAAUUCACCUCCAUGUCCCAGUCAAACUUGGUUCCACAAUCUUAAUCCUGGCUGUAGCUAAUCUGAAGAACUCUCUUCUGGGUUUCUUUUUUUUUUUUUUUUUUUAAAGAUGACCGGUAAGGGGAUCUUAACCCUUGACUUGGUGUUGUCAGCAUCAUGCUCACCCAGUGAGCAAACCGGCCAUCCCUAUAUGGGAUCCGAACCCAUGGCCUUGGUGUUAUCAGCACCACACUCUCCCGAGUGAGCCACAGGCCGGCCCCUCUUCUGGGUUUCUUGACGGAGGUUUGGUAUUCUCGAGAGUUGAGAUUGUGGAGGGAAAAACAAGUUUUAUACAUUUUCAUAGAGUUUACAUCCAGCAGGUAACACAGUGUGAAGGGCCCAGCCUGGGACUCACAGUCCCCAGCUGUUUCCACAGGGGCCAGGGUGCAGCUGCUCUCUGCGAUGCCCCUGCUGUUCUCUGAACCUUUUACACACAGCCUGUGGAAGGAAAAUGCGUUUGCUUGCUGACUUUGUAACACCACAGCUGAAACACCACAUUCUCUUCCUUUUUCAGAUUUCAGUUUAUUGUGUAAAUGGCUGGGUUUUGUCUGUGUGAGCUUUGUUGACUGUGUCAGGGCUCCUUUGAGGAGACAGUUACACCUGGUCUGAAAAAUAAACCCAGAGAGGAGCUUGGUUUACCCACGGCCUCCCUUGGCCUGCAUCAUCCUGAGCUCGGUCCUCUGAUGCUCUGCUGUCGAGAAGCAUGUUUCCACCAGCUGUAUUCAACACUACAAUGCAUUUUAAAACUAUAUUUGCAUCCAAGACAAUAAAAAAAAACUUAUUUUUUUGAAAAA